UUUAUAUCAACGUCGUCUCCAACACCGAACACGAGGCUGAAUCUGAAAAAAAAAAAAAAUCAGAAAGUAAGCUGACAAAAAAAAUUUCCCAACAACCUGGAACGUAUGUUUUGUUGUUCUAUCAUCAAUAAGUGAUUAAUUAAUAAAUAAAUUUUUGAAUAAAAAACGUAAUCAUGGAGGAUUGGGAAACUGCUGAUAUUGAUGUUAAACUGCAGCAAGCCUUGAGAACCAACAAGUGGGAGGGUGAAGACGAAGAAGAAGACGUCAAGGACAGCUGGGAAGACGAAGAAGAUGAUGAAAAAAAAGAUAUUGAAAAAGCAUCAGAGGCUCCAAAAGCCAAACCAAAACCCAAAAAAAAAAUUCAUGAAAAAAUUGAAGAAAGAGAAAAAAAAGAUCGUGAAGAAGCUGAAAAAAGAGCACGUGAAAAAGAAGAAGCAAUGACACCUGAAGAAAGAACUGCUGAAAAAUUGAGAAGACAAAAAAUGGCUGAGGAAGCUGAUCUUCGACUUGCAAUGGAGACAUUCGGUGUUGUUGCAAUUGAUGCAAUGUUACCAGACACAAAGGAAGAUUUUGAACAAUUUGGUGAAGCACUUUAUUCAAAAAUAAAUUCAUUCAACAAACAUCCAGAGUAUCCAGUAUUUGCUGAAGAAUUGAUAAAUCGUAUAGCAAUAACUUUACCAGGUGCAAGUUUGAAAAAAUUAAAAACAUCAAUUGAUAAUUUGGCAAUAGCCAAGACAAAAAUUGAACAAGGUAGUAAAAGUAAAAAAAAUAAAGGUAAAGGAAAAGCAUCAUUAAAAAUGGAUGGUGACAGUAGUCAUAUUAAUGAUCAUCAAUAUGAUACUUAUACUUAUGACAAUGAUUAUGAUGAAUUUAUGUAGCAGAUAUCAAUUUAAUUUUAUCAUUGUUUAUCAUUGUUUAUCAUCUAGUCGGCUUUACACACUUUUAAAAUUUUACCAUUUUUAAGAAAAAAAAAAAAACAGCUCACAACAAUAGUUGACUCACACAAAACAAUAAAAAAUGCUUUAUUAUUUAUUUUUUAUUUCAAAUUGAUAAAAUUAAAGCUAUAUGUAGGUAUACAAAUGAUAAAUAAUUUGAAUGUGUGUAUAGACGACAAUUUCUUAUUAAUAAAUAAAUAAAUAAAUAAUUGAAAAAAAAUAAAAUUUUAUU